AUGAAAAUUGUCAUUCUCGGCGCCGGUAUUGCCGGAUGCACGGGAUACUUGGAGCUGCAAAAACAUCUCCCCAAACCCACUGGCUCCCAGGCAAACCAUGAGAUCACUAUCUACGAAGCGUACAGCACCGACUUGAAUGUUACACCCGAGCAACGCCAAAGUAAUGAAGACACUCAUUCCUCAACACUCGUCGUCGGUGGUGGUCUCGGCAUCGGCGCAAACGGGUUGAACGUCUUAAGGCGUCUGGAUGAAGAUCUGCUCAGAGAGGUUGUCCGCAACGGAUACGUCACGGCCGUUUCUAACCUGAAAAGCAAAAACGGAUGGCUUCUCAUGUCUAUGAAGACUACAGGGCCCCAUAGCUUCGAGGGUAAAGAUUCCAUAGAGAAUAUGCACAUGGUCGCGAGCAGCCGUCAUUCGCUAUGGAAAGCAUUGCGUUCUCGGGUUCCGGAGGCACAUAUCGUGAACAAGCGUGUUUUGGAGGUCAUUGCUCGCCCAGAUGGUAAGAAUAUUGUUCGGUUCGAUGAUGGAAGUCCCGAAAUCGAGGCAGACUUGGUCAUUGGUGCCGAUGGGGUACGAAGUACUGCGAAACGAGCGCUUUUCCCUGAUUCGAUAGACGAUCCUUACCCACCUCACUAUGAGGGCCUCGUCGGGGUCGGUGGAUUCAUCCCCGCAGCCGAUGUCAAAGGCCUUGUCGAAAAAGGAUCCAUGAACUUCAUUUUCGGGGGAAAUGGCUUCUUCGGCUAUUUCUUCUCGGAAAGCGCAUCAAGCGCCGAACAUCGCGAUUCUCCAUACCAUGUGUCUGAGCCGGGUGACUCCCUUGCCUGGUGGUCUACAUACCAGAUCUCAGAAUGCCCCGACCGAAAGACCCUCGACAUGGCAGAUGUUUCCCGUCAACUGCGAGAGAGAGACAUGCAGACUGGAAGGACCCAGUCGUUCAAAAGAUUCAUGUAUGCUACAUGGACAUCACCUCCUCUUCCGACCUGGGAACGAGAUGGCGUGGUUCUUGUAGGAGAUGCUGCACAUGCUCUUCCUCCAACAUCAGGUCAGGGAUCAUCUCAGGCACUAGAAGACGUUGAGGCUUUUGCUCUUUUCUUGGCUCAUCAUCUCCACGAGGACUCUGCGCAAGAGAGCAUGACAGAAUUGGAGCUCAAGGGUGUCGUCACAGCGGCAGCGAGACAAUAUACAGCUCUGCGCCAGCCACGGGUAACGGCAAUUCUCAAGAAUGCCCAGCAAAUGCAGGCAAGAAAGCGAGAUAUGGGCCUUUUACAGGAGUAUGCUAUGUACGGGUUCAUGAAACUAAUGGGCAAGUCUACCUUCCAUACUAGACAAAGCUUUUUUCCGGGCGUGUCUCCUCCAGGCUUCUUUCCUAGUCUGGUGACCGGUCAGCUGCGCAAGGUCAUUGACUAUAACAUCGCUGAUGAAGUAUCCAAAGCUCUAGCUUUAGAGCAAUGA